ACCACAGUUAGUAAAAUUUUAGACGUAUUUGGUAUUCCAAAUCCCAAUCUAUCUGACCGUAUUUUAGUAAUAGCUUAAAAUAUUCAGAACAUUGUUCUUUCAGUCUCACAUAGUACAAGUAUUACUGUACAUUGAUUCAAUGCCAAUGGUAGUAUUUUAUUCGGCUUUAUAUUUGUAUGUGUAUUGAUCUCUAUGACUCUAUUUAAUAUUUGAAGAAUUCUAUAUUUUUCGGAGUAAUAUUUUGUGCGGCCCCCUAAUGCUUUGUAUUAUUGUUCAUAUAAACAUUAUGUAUACAUUCUAAUAUUCAGUAUUUCGUCGUUGCACAAUGUACACGCCUUGCGUCAAUUUGACAGUUGACAGUUUAUUUAUCGCAGUCGACGCUGAUUGGUUCGCGUUUAGCAGAUGCGAAAAGGGGAUGAUUGAAUAAAACGCAUGGUUCCGUGCAGGCUCACCUUUCUCCCAGUGAGCCUGUUCGCAGGCUACUUUUAUUUAUACCUCGUGACUUCCCCCAGCAAAGUAAACUAAGUGCCUUUGCGUUAAUCAUAUGUAUUUUUGUCAUUCAGAUAUCGAUGAAUGUAAUGAGGGAACACACAACUGUGGUAGUAAUGCGAGAUGCGUCAAUGAACCUCAAUCAUUCAGCUGUCAUUGUGAUCAAGGUUUCUCUGGCAAUGGUAUCGUUUGCCAAGGUAUAAACAAAGCUGGUUUCGUAUUAGCUUCUUCUGCCGGCAACUCUUAUAAAUGCCCGAAUAACACAGUACUUGCUCGAUAAAAUAUUGCGUAUAACAUCCGGAAAAUACGUCACUAUAAAGGCUCGCUUUCGUGUUCGUGACGGUAACUGGUCGUUUCGUCCCCUUGCCGUUUCGUCCCCGGUCGUUUCGCCCCUUGCCGUUUCGUCCACUUCACGUUUCGUCCCCAGACUAGACUCUGUUUUAUCUAUAACCUACUUCCUUAAUACAAUAUACAGGGACGCCGGAAAUGGGGGGGGGGCAGGAGGGGCAGCUGCCCCUCUUGCCUUUUGCUAGGAGGGGCAAGGGGGGCAGAAGUGCCCUUUGAGUUAUGAAAUACUACCUGAUAAAUCACAAUUCCAGUGAUGCUUUUUCGGCAAAAUCAUGAGGUGUGAUCUUGAAUGUGACCUAAUUAAGUGCGUUUGCUUUCAUAUAUUGGCAAGUCAACACAUAAUUGUAAGAUUAUCUUCACCGGAGUCUGUAGAGGUGCCCUUUGGUGUGCGUUUUCCCCCCUUGCCUUUUUAUCGUUCCGGCGUCCCUGACAAUAUAUCUUACUUUUUGAGAUUGUGUCUCAGUGGAUUGUAUGCCUGGAUAAUACACAUUUUUGUAUUUAAAUUCCGCAACUUUGAAAUGAAACUUAAAUAUUUGGCUUUUAUUUCACAAUAUUAAUAUUGCUGUUGUCAGGGACUAUUAUAGUGACACUUGACUUUACUUUAUUUUAAUUGGAACUGAGUCUGACGAAAACUAGACCAACGACUGCCAUUAGUGAGCUUCAGAUCGCAAUGUUUUGUCAACACGGACGUCAGUUCGUCGAUGGGGACUGGAUUAAAAACUGUGUUUUUGUCAGCUUGUGGUAAUCUUCAACAUAUAGGACAAAACCUAAGAUUUUUUAAGUUUUUUGCUUCCUUAGACGAGCGCUAUCAUGCAAAAUGCCGCCAAAAAAUUAGUCCUACCAAUUUUCGGGUGACGUCCGUGUUGGGGACGAAACGCGAAGGGGACGAAACGGCAAGGGGACAAAAUGACCUGGGACGAAACAGCAAGGGGACGAAACGACCAUAAAGCUUUGUAACAAUGUAUAAAGCCCAACGUCUCAAUAAUGUAAACGGCGCUCGUACUUUCCAGAAGCUUGUAUUCCGCCGUUUGCUAAGUGAUGGCGUAAUUAUUUGACUCCACCGUUUUUGGUGGCGAAUGAUUAAAUUGAAUAAAAAUAGGUACGCGCUGCGUACAUGUGGGUAGCCUGCAUUAAUUGUUGUUAAAGUUGGAGUAAUACCGAGGUUGGACUUUGGAGUAAUACGCGCAACAAAAUUGCUGCAGCCAAAAUUUCUGCAACAAAAUCUGAUUUCAACGCAUUUUAAGUAGAAAUGUUGACAAAACAUUUCAAUUAACAUGCGCAGAAAUCAGAUUUUGUUGCAAGUUGCAGCAAUUUUGUUGCCCAUAUUAGUAUAUUAAUUUAAUAUUACUCCACCUUAAUUGCUAUUGUCAAAUUCCGAAUUUACUGAAAGAAAGUAUUAAGUAAAUUGAACACAAUUCAAAUAUUAUACACACAUUUAAUCACAUACUGAACAUCAGAUAUGACAAAAAUACGUAAACGACUGUUACGUGCAUUUUUCAAUAAGCAUAAACAGAUUUAAGAAGUUACAAAGUAUUUUAAUGUGUCAAAAAUAAUUUGAACACUGAACAGACAGAACAGUACAAGGUCUUUAAUAUGUAUACGAAACAAAAUACAUCACACGCCGAAAUACAGACAGUACGAAAAACACUUAAGACAAGAACAGUUCUUGUUCAAGGACAGCAUACAUCAAAGACAAAGCAUCAGGUUUAUAGGCUGCGUAUAUACAAUUUUCGUGAAGUUUGAGUUUCAAGGAUAGUCCAUGCAAAGAUCUAAGGACGAUGUUUUCCAGCGGAGUUUGAAAAAGAUCAACAUAUAUUUAUUUAGUACAGUGAUGAUUGAAUUAUUUAAACAACGACAUAAUCGAUCUCAUAUAUAUUGGUAAUGACAUUCAAUUUGCUUUCAAUAUUCGACAAAUAUAUCCCUAAGUAAAAAAGCGCUAAUAUUCCACUGCCUAAUUUAAUCCUUGUGUAAACCGUGCUUGGCUUUCUAUUUGCUCCGAUUCCAAUGACGUGGCCUUACAAACAUUAUGUAAGCAACGACAUACUCGAUUCUAUAUACCUAUAUGUUCGUCAUUCGUCAACAUUCCUUCGAUAUAGACUAACGUAAAUAUGUCCAAACGUCGCGCGCUAUAUCACUAAUUACUAUAUUUUUCUAAUACGUAUAAAAUGUUUGAUCAAACUGAUAUGUCGUGUUUAAAUAUGACAUUACACGAUAUAAAACAGACCCCUUGCGCUAAUAUUAACCCCAAUGACCCUUGUACAAGCAGUGAUUAUAAAAACAACGACAUAUUCGACUCUAUAUGCGUUGGAAAUGACUAUCGACCUGACAAAACAUAUUACAAUAAAGACUUUACUAAGAAUUUAUACACAUCUCUGUACGGUAUGAGCGUUAGUGAACUUAGCCUGUGGUCUAUAGACGGUUCGUAUUUCAAGGAUAAAAGGAACCGCGCAGCAGGACACCGCGGACACGAAGGCCACAGCGCCACAGAGCCACAGCGCCACAGAGAAACGGAAGAUCGCGCUUCAGUCUCUCACAUAGUGGUUAGCUGCGCAUGCGCGGCUACCCACAAAAACCAAACACGGCAUAAAUUGGCCGUCACAUUUACUCGAUAAAGUUUCAAAUAAUCGUUUUUAUUUAUAAACUGGCUUAAUACGAAUUGAUAAAGGCAAUUUUCAGACGAACUCAGACAGUGGUUUCCUAAACCAAAGCGCCUGGGUACGAGGCAGUCGGCUGUCCGUAGUCCUUAAGCUCUUAACUUUCAACUCGAUACUAAAACAAAGAAUGGGUUGAAACUUUCUCGUGUAUGAUCGUGCAUUAAAAAUCACCGUGUUUUCUUGUCCCCUUUCCUUCAAUUUAUUCUCAUUUUAUCUUUUUCCAUAUUUCUUCAUUUCUUGUAAAUAGUUUUAUAUUUCACUCUCCUCAUUGAAAUCAGCCUCCCAUGCAACGGUUGUUGAUGAUACUAGCGUGGUUAAAUAAAAUUUGUGUGUAUGCGUGUAUGCAUGUCCUUACCAUUAUUUUUGCCACCAAUAAUAGCGGAUUUCAUUGCCAAUCUUAAUAUUCCCGUGUGACUGCAAGACCUGAAUUGACGCCAUGUCAGGGCCUCUUUUAAUACCAUAGAUUUGAGGGACUUGUCACCCCCAGCCCCUGUUUUGGUCCCUCCAGUCAACUAUGUUGUUCCCCCAAGUGAAGGUCGGGUUUUAACCAAGUGAAGGUCGGGUUUUAAGAUCCGAAAGCUGCUUCGAAAACAAUUAAUACUUUACUUGGUAAAGAGAAUCGACCAACUAAAGUAAAUGAACUGAACUUUAAGAAAUGGUGUGAAAUUGACCAGCCAUGAUGAUAUUUUAGAGGGCUUCAUUACCUUUUUUUUGAAUAUUGGACCAAAUUUAGCCGACAAUAUUGGUACAACAGAAUGCAAUUUUAAAGAUUAUCUUAACAAAACUAAUUCUGAAUUUACUGUAUUCAAAUCAGUUAUUACAAAUCAGAUUUGUCUUUUAUUACGUGAACUAUCUGGUAGCUAAGCUGCUGGCCUAGAUAAAAUAUCUAGCAAGAUAAUUAAAAUUGCCGCACCCUUAAUGCUGGUCUUAGUAGUUAUCGCCCGGGAAAAUUAAACAAUUCAAAAUGGUGACUAUAGAAAUUUUCCAGGGCGAUGACUCGCGGGCAUCAAACCUUGUGACGUCAUAAUGCAUAAGGUCUAUUGUCCCAUGUCAUCUUCAUUAUUCAGUUCCUUUCAAGAAAAUACAAAAUGUGAGUCAAUUUUUUCGCAGAUACAUGUACGCGUCGCGUACCUAUUUUUUGAAUAUCUAAUAAUUUCAUGCCUCAUUGCUAUGAAAGUCUAAUGAUGUGUGAGAAGCAAUUUCAAAUACUAGUGUUUCAAAUCCUUAGUGUUUUAAACUUGGCUUCCAAAUCCCCAGUGCCAUGAACAAUGGCUCGGCUGCGCCUCGCCAUUGUUCAUGGUACUUGUAUUUCGAAACCACGUCUAAAACACUAACUCGUAUUUGAAAUAUUAUCCAAAGAUUGGCAGACGCAGUUAUACCUGAUAAAUACAAUACGAGAAUCUACUGCGUUAUCGUAUAUCGUCGGAAUUGUACCAUCAACAUAUAUAUCUUCAUCAAAACUUGACUACUAAAUCGAGCUCAGUUUUCCCGCAAUAUUUAUCUUGUCAUACUCAACAACGUUCGCCAUACUAACAACCGAAGGCUCGUUACCAGUUCAUUGGUAACAACCGAAGACUCGUCGAUCAGCGUGGCUAUUGCCGUUUCAUUGACCUAUAUAAAAGCGCCCUGGGGUGAUGCAACGAGCGCGCGCGCUGAUCGACCUGCAAUUCGGAAAUAAAAAUAUGUUUUUGUUGGAUUUUACGCUGAAACACGCUCGUCCCAGACCCUGUUCCAUCCCGGCCGAGACUCACUGGACGCGAUUCAACUACGCGGCGCAAUUUCCCGUUUUUCACUCACAGACAACUUUGAUCCUGGUUCAAGUUUUCCAAAUAUUUAAAAGCCGUAUAACAUUUCGAGUUACUUGGUCUACAUAUAAUUUCGUUAUGGCUGUUUUAUUAACUUUCAAAAACUGAAAAAGUCGCUGACAUUGCACCGCCCUGUAUAUAAGCGUCCUGCUUCGCAUGUUAAUCACCUUUCGCGAUCGAAUAAAUUAUAUUCUGUUAUUUAACAAUAAUUUCCCAAUUAUUAUCAUUAUUAUUAUUAUUAAUUAGCAGUUCAUGGCUCACGAAAAUGCCUUUUACGGCGCUCUUUUAACAUGAUAUGAAAUAAGCUAUUUGAAUACUGCAAAGGUAAUCCGCUUAUCUAGGUAUUUUCGGACGCCCAAGAUUAUUUGGCAGAUAUUUUAUAUCUUCCGUUAGCCUGAUUAUUGAUAUGGCCUAUUCUCGUAAACAUAUAGCAGUUGGCCAGCGAUGCUUGCAAAAUUUUUUAAUUAAUUAAGAGAAAUAUUUUUGUGCAUGUACGUACAUGAAACAUUUUUGCACAUGAGAUUUUCGAAUUUUCAAUCAUAUAAUGAGCUAUCGCGGACUUUCACCGAAUGACUUAUGCCAUAAACGGCCUUAUGUCAACUGUAUGUGUUUUAACAAAAUGAAUUUAAUUUUUAUGUUUCCAGAUGUUGAUGAAUGUGCGCUUCAAACUGAUAAUUGUCACUUUAAUGCUGAAUGUAUUAACACAAAUGGUUCAUAUGUAUGUUUUUGCAAAAUGGGAUACUUUUGGGAUGGUGUUAACUGCACAAGUAAGUGGAGUAUAAUUUUUGGAUGUGCUUUUGAUGAAAACGCUGAUAGGUUAUAAUAUUUUACUAUUUUUAGAAAAAAACAUUUCUUAAUUAAGAUAGCUUUAUAAGUUACAAUAUCAAACUUGUGGAAACUUAGAAGUAUAUAUUAAUGUGUAUACUGUACCAUAGGUUACAUAAAGUACACAGGGGCGUCGGAAACGGGGACACCGGUGGGGACUCCCGAUCCCCCCACACAUAACUCUUUUAGUUGGGAGGGGGGCUAAAUGUCUUUGGGCCCCCACUUUUUAACAAUGGCUUAUAAUAAACCACAAGUUAAUUGAUAUUAUUUCAGUUAUGUGUGUAGACAAAACAAUUUGAGAUAUUUAUGACAUUUUGUUACCUUUAGAACUCUGUAGACCUCCUUCUAAAGCGCAGCAAAUGGCAUUUCAGAGACUCUAAUUUUAAAAUUUUUCCGAGAGGCACUCCCCGGACCCCAUAGAUUCUCGCCUGCCUUUGACGGGCGCUAAGUGUGCACACCCCACUUCUAUAGAGACGCUAAGACGUCCCUGACUGUACAACACGGCCUUAAUUAAGCUAGGAGUUUACUGCCUCGGUCUUUGAACUAGAAUAAUUUUGCAACCACAUUUUCCUAAGUCUGAUCGAAGGCCCAUUUCUACUCAAGAAACUUUCACGGACAGAAAUUUGCCAAAAAAUCGUUGUUAAAAGUUGAAAAUUUUAACUUCAAAAUUUUUUUCGGACGGAAAAUUUUUGUCGACCAAUCACAUUUUACAAAUUUUUCUUUCCGCAGAAAAUUGUCUUGAGUGGAAAUGGGCCAUAACACGUACAUAAGCUUUUACAGACCAUCUAUACGAAAGCACAACGGGGGUAACGUGUGCGUGUACAGGUUUUUUGUAAUGUUGUAAUCUAAAAAAAUCAUGAAACGCUGCAAAAGCCGAUGUUUCUGCGGAAAAAAUGGGCACGCUAAUAUUAGCAAUUACAUGACGACUCUAGACCGUUGACCACCAAUUAAGUGGAUGGAGAACAGAGUGGAUGGCUAGGGGGCUACAUCCCCACACCCCAGAAAUGAAAUUAGAACUCGAAACUCGUCUUAUUCGAAUGAAACUUUUCAGAUAAUAAUGAAUGUAAUGAAGGAAGUCAUAACUGUCAUGGAAAUGCUACAUGUGAAGAUAAUGAUGGUUCGUUCAACUGCACUUGUAAACCUGGCUACUCUGGAAAUGGGACUGAUUGUGAAGGUUAGUUGAAUACCUAAAUACCUAAAUUCAGAAUGAAUCGGGGAUAUCCUUUUUUUCCUACGGUGUAUUUGUUUUUGUUGUUAAAAUCGGUAUGAAAACUUUUCAAAACAUUCAACUAGAAGUUUGACUUUUCGUAUAAAACAUCUCGUAACUGUUGUAUUAGAUUUAGCAGAUUAAUGUGAAUUAAGUUGAACGGACAGGACUUAGCCUACAUAAAUUCUGCGACAAUUCAACGUUUCAAAAGUUCAUUGAAGACAGUAUAUAUAUCGUUUCAGUCGGCGACACAACAAGUUAAAAAUUUUGAGCAUUGUAAAGAAGACAAUGCUGAACCUAAAUACGUAAGAACACACCAAAAGAUAGCCUAAGGUAAAAACUGGUUAAUAACACACGCACUGUUCGAAUUCUGACAAAUUUAGGAUUAUAGUGAAAAACUAGUAUUUGCAUUUUCAUUUAAUUUUCAAAAAAGUUCUCACUGCUUGUUUAAACAUUUUUACAGAGCCAUGCACGAAGAUUCCAAGCGAGGAUCACGUCCGAUCUAUAUAAAUCGUGUUUUAAACUGUACUAACUGUAGGGAGCCACCUUAAAUACCGAAUUUUUAAUGCAUAUUGCAGCUUUUGCAAAUUUCAAGCCUUGGUGUAAAUGUGACCUUUGGGGAUUUUUCUAUUGCGAGAAGCUUGAAUGGGGUCACUACCAACAGUCGUGAAUCAAGUUCUGAUUGACUGAUAUUAUAAAUUUAUUAUUAUUAUCGUUGUCUAAUUAGCUUGUGUUUUGAUUCCCAGGAAAAUAUCGAAUUGCUAUCAACUCGCAUCCCGUGACCUAAGAUGGCAAACAUCUUCGGUUUGCAAACAUUUCGAUUUACUUAGGUUCGACAAAACAUGGAUUUGUAUAUAGGAAGAUAAAAAUAUAUAUUUGAGUGAUACCGAUUAAAAAUUAAGAAUGAUAGCUAAAAGGUGGAGAAAUUUACGAAAACUACAAAUUUUGAAUGGAAAAUGCUUCACUUCUUACAAAGAUCUGGACAAAAUUUGACUGCAAUGUGUACAAAUUUUGUCCUUACCUUUGUAUAAAGAUGUGUUUCUUAACAUUUUCAAUCUUAUAUUUGUCGUUUGGGAGCUAAAUGGGCCCUAAAUGUGUACAAAUUUCAAUCAAAUUUUGUCCAUACCUCCGUAAGAAGUUCUUCUUAGCGUUUUCGAUUUAAAAUUUGUUGUUUUGAAGCUAAAUUUUUGCUUUAGUAGUUCAAUUUUUCCUUCGUGAUAUAUCUGAGUGCGUAAUGAGCUAACCGUGAGGGCCCACAAAUCGGAAUUUUAAUUAAAUUAUUGAUCAAUUGUUUGAAACAAACAUGCAAACAAAACACGCGCAUGAGCAGAACAGACUUGACAGCCUCUUUAUUAAUUUGAGGGUUUUUUUUAGAUAUUGACGAAUGUAUCAAGGAUGAAGAUAACAAUUGCUCACCGAACGCUGUAUGUAAUAAUAAAAUCGGAACACAUGAAUGUGUUUGCAAGGCUGGAUAUAGGGGAAACGGAACACACUGUGGUCAGUAAAUAAUUAUAUAUUACUAUCCAUGUUUUUUUUUUACUCUGCCUAUCGAUGUUAUUCCAAACUAUUAGAAAGAUUUCUCAAGAUGAUCAUUUAUAGGAUGAAAAGUAUUUCCAUGUCUGUUUUUGAGUCUCAUGAUAAUUAUUAGUGUCGGAUUUACUAAAUGCCAAUUACACAACACAAGUUGUUUCGUCAAAAAUGUCGAGGUUUAAAGAUGAUGAUAUAAAUUUCCCUAUUCCUCUCAUGUUAUAAACCCGGCGUACACUUUGUUAAAAACUUCUGUUCUCAAGUUCUCCCAUUUUCAUUUGUUUCCAAACUCUUUUCAUAUAAUUAUAUAUUGAAGGUUAGUUUGCUGACUAUAUAUGGAAAGUGUACCUAUAGUCUACCUGUAUAUUCUCACCAUGAAUAAGCGCGUGAUUGUAAAAUCCCAGUAAUUUUUAUUUUCUUUUUAUUACCAAAGUAUACCGUGACAUAAAAAAUAAAGUUAUGGAAACAGUUGCUUAAUUAACAGAUAAUACGAAUUGAAAGAAGGCGUUAACUAAGAAAUGGGAAUACGGAUUGUAAUGUUCCUUCUAAUUACAUUUACCACAGUGAACUUGAAUAUGUUAGACGGUCGGUAAUUUAAAAAGUUCAUUCUUUUAUUAAUGGCUUUAGGCCUAAAUUUGUGUAAUUGAGCACAAACGGUAUAUGUACCCCAUAGGUAUAGUUCCUGAAUGUCUCUGAUCGAUACUCCGUAUGAGGUAUCGAUAUCAUCACAUGCAACUUACCGUUACAAUAUUCCCCAUGUUCCUGAGCCUAAACCUAAGGAUCCAUCGCAAUAUUUGCGUCUCUCUAUCCUUUUUACCGACGUCUUUUUCUGGCUUUUUGUUUACGUAGACGAUAUCGACGAAUGUACGGAUCUCACACCACCACUGAGAUGUAGAGGAGUAGGUCAAGGAUGUACCAACUAUCCAGGAGGAUAUCGCUGUAACUGCAUCAGUCCCGGACAACAACUUACUGAUGACGAGUCAGGAUGUGUUGGUAUGUAUUGAAUGAUUAACUAUACAUCGAUUCUUCUUUUUAUUUGAUCUGAUGCCUCCAAAAUUACUUUUGCUCUUAUUUAACCAGACCAGUAAUGCCACCACGAUAUAUGCCGGUCUCCCUUGGCAACUACAUAGUCAAUCGGGAAAAUAGUUAUGUAUUUUUCGCUGCGAUCACAUUUAGCUGUUGUAGGAGAAAUAUUAGCUUAGAAAUCGUGUUUAUACUCCAGAAUUUAAAGCAAAAUCUUUAGAUUUUUGGCGCUUGAUACGCCUUGCAGCGUCAAAGAACUCUCUGAAUUUUCUCGUAGAUAGCAAACUACGACUUACAUUGUGCUUAAUACCAAAUUAGCUUUUGAUGGAGGUAAUUCUAUUCUUUUUUUAUUUUAACGGUAAUUUGACUUUUUAUAUGCUUUUGGCAGAAUUUAGCUUAAAUAUUGUCCACAACGUCUGUUGUCAACAAGUUUCAAACAAGACAUGCAAGCGGCCUGGCUUUUAUAUAUUGAUUGACCUUUACCUUAAUCUCACCACAGUCAAUAGAAUAAGGUUAGGAAACUCGAUGUUAGCGGACUCGCUUACCGGUUGUCGUAGGCAAGUUGUGUGCUUUAUUAAAUUUUACACAAUACAACUCAAGUUGUAUAAGAAGGUUGCAUGCGGCAGUUUUAGGCGAAAGUUAUGUGGUGUAAAUCGGUCCUAAAGCAACGAACCCUGAGCGAACGCUGCGAAUAUAAAACGCCUCCACUUCGAGAACCAUUUUAAUUAACUAGUGUUUUGUUCGAUCAUUUAGAUCAUUUUAACAUAUUUAAAAUUUUUGCCUCGUCGAACCAACAUUAAGGGUUUCAAACAUUAAUGCAAAAUUUUGAGUUCCGAUCUAAAGCGAUGGUUCAACGCAGUGAACAGUUCCUGGUCCCAUUGGUCCCACGCAGUAGUAUACGAUCGUACUUGUUGUCUUGCAUGGUUUAUGCAAGAAAUGGUCGGUUCAUCGUCACAUGCAUGUAAUUCAUCUUCGCUAGAGCAACCAAUAACUAUGUUUUCAUUUAACCAUUGUGUAAUAUCACGACUGGGUAAUUGAACCAACACACUGCUAAUGGUUGAUUGAGCGAACAAACAAUGAACCAACCAUUGAACCGACGAUGAACCGACCAUUUUUCGCACAAACCAAUACAAAAACCUAUAAUGAGGUAUAUUAUAUCUGCAGCAGUAUAUAAAAUCUGCAUCGAGUUUCCUAACUUUCUUAUUCUAUUGACUAGGUAACCUAACUUACAUAAAAUAUUUUAUUUUUCUUAGAUGUUAUGGCAGCUGUCCAGGGUCAAAUUCUGAUUACUAAUCAGGUAUUCUUGGCGGAUUAUAAUGAUCCAAGAAGCGCUGCAUAUUUUCAAAUCACUCAAGUGAUCAUCAUCCAGGUACAACAUUUAAUGUUUUGUUAAUUAAAUUACCAUUUGGAAAUGAAAAAAAGAACUCAUGGUUAGUUUUUAUUUUUUAUUUUCUUGAUUCGCCCGUGUUGUUAUAUAAUUUAUUUUUUAUCAGUCAGAAUGAAGCAAUCUGAAAUUGGCUGAGGAGCUUUUCGGAGCGGGCCGGUUUUUUACAUCCGGCCCGCUCUGAAACGCAACUGCCCGCUGUGAAAUGCAACUGCCCGCUCUUGUUUUCCCGGCGAAAAAUGAGGAGUGAAACAAUUUUUAAACGAAAAAAAUGCAACCGUGCACGAAUAUACGAAUACAGAUCUUUUUUAUCUUGACCAUCAAUCCCAACCCCUUCCUUAACCCUAACCCUGUUUGUGCAAAUCAUAAGGCAUAAUCUUAAUGCGAGACCUUACCACUUGUCUGAAAGCAGACUAGAUAGCGAUAACCUUUGUUCACUGGUGCAGAAAAUGAAAAUAUUUUAUAUUAUCAGAUUAGAUAUUGUCAUAUAGUAGAAUUUCGAGACUAAAGCUGGAUUUCAUCUUGCAAGAAAAAUUUCGAAAUUUUUCGUUCAAUCUUUUUUUAAAGUGUGAUUUUUUAUUAAGUAGAUGAAUCUUAAGUAGCUGAAUACGAAAGCAUUUUCGGUGCAAUUUCUGAUCGGGUUAAAUUUAGGUGAUUUACACUUACCGGCAGAGACUUCUUCGUAGAAAUAUUUCGCUUUAUUUCUUCUAAAUUGUGACCAUCCGAAUAAAUAAGUUAGACUUUACCGCUCACAAUUAAACCGAUAUAUUUGUACAAAAUGUGAAUGCGAGUUUUAAAAUACAUCAUGUUUUUUUAUUCUAUUACAGCUAACCGGACUCUUCAGAAGAACUGCGACACUGCGUUCUAAGUUUCUCUCAAUCACCAUCCUAGGACUAUUGUAAGUGUUUUUGACGCAGUCAUCAUUAGAAUAUAUUGAAAAUUUCAUUCCAUCCAUAAAGCUGACCUUUUUUUAAAAAAAAUGGCACAAGUUGUAAAACUUUGCGUAGUUAAUCCCCGAGCCAACGGCACGAAGCGCUGUUCCGAGCGUAAGCCCAGGGCGAGGGUACUAAUUCCGCCCGGCUAUUUACCCACCUGGAAAAGGAAAGCACUAGCGAAGUCUAAAGUUCAUCAAUGAUCGCGGGCGUGGGUUAAUGUGCGUAGGUGGUCAUCCUCACUGAUCUCAAAAUAUAGCGGCAUUUGCAUUAUAACGACUGCAUGACGACAGCGAAAUAGCAAACCUUUCUUGAUUUGUAUUGCAAAUAAUUAUUGCAAAUAUAUUUCAUUUUUGCAAGAUUUUGUAAAUUUCAAAAGCUUUUUGAUAAAAAGGCGAAAGAAUUGCGUAAAGCAGGGAGCAAAGACGCCUACGUUAAUUAAUGAAGGUAAUUAAGUUUGUUUUAAAUUUUGAUGUAUUGUCUGCUAUAUAAUUGCUUUAAAAGCUGAUCGUUGCGUACAAUGAGGAAAGACAGCAUAUAAUUUUAGGGUAUCUUUAUUGGUUACCCAGUUUUUUAUUAUAUUGAAUUGUUUAAUUAAAUAAAAAAGAAAGGAAAGUUAUUUGUAUGCGACAAUUUGAAAUCAUUUUAUUUCAAACUCAAAGUUUAUCGAUAAAGGUUAAGUUUAGUAAUAGAAUAAUAAUUUUAUAAAGUACAUUUUAAAACGUUUUGCGAAGCGCUUGGAUUAUUCAGUUAUAAAAAUAUUGUUGAUGAAAUUAUCGUGUUAUUACCAUGACAACUACUUUAAAUACUUCAUGUUCGGAAAAUAUAAUGGUUUUGUCAGUUAGACGAAGGUUUCUGCAUGCAUACAUGUAUUUUCUAGUAUAAAUUUGAUAAAAAGUAUCACACCGUACAAAGUGAGCAAAUUUUCACACUUCCUGUUUUUUUAAGAUGUCAAUACUGAUCAAUGUUUUGAUGCAGGAUGCAUAGAACAAAUUAAAUUGUGUGUAAUUUCACAUUGAGUGCCAAAUUUAAUUUUUUAUUGUUUCGUCCUUCCAAUGAUAGUUUUAAAUUAAAUCGCCACUAUUAUAUUAUGCCACUAUAGCCAUGUAUAAGUCAAACAGUGGGCUAGUUGCGCCGUGGGACCUAUGCUUUUUUUGAGGGGGGGGGGAAGGGGGGGCAAGGGGGGGCAAGGGCAACACUUUUCCGACAAAAAAAUUUUCGGACAACAACACUCUAAAUCUCCUUCCCUUCCGUCGACAACUUUUUUGGUAAAAAAAUUUUCUGGACAAUAACGUUACAAUUGCUUUCGUACCACUUUGCCCGAUUUCGGUAGCACUUUUUCCCAUGCUUCACCACGAAGAUUCCGACAACAUUGUCAAUUUUCCGACGGGUCUCAACAGUAGGGGGGGCAUGGAGCCACUUCUGCCCCUCUCCCCCCCGGCCACGGUGCCACUGCAGUGGGCCCUUUGCAUGACAUUUAGUCACGAUACAAUAAUCAGAUUUAUGUUCCAUUUUCUUUCUAUCGUUUUGAAAAUAUCACUGUUCUCAUCCAUCCAGUCACACAAGAGUAUCACAAAACAUCAUUCAAAUUAAUGUUUAACAUUGCAAUUUGCAGUCAAGGAUCUGUGGGUGUCGACUAUGUUGUAACCUUUAACGACACAAGUGGUGUAAAUAAUGAAAUAAUACAGGAGGAAUUAGUCGGAGCAUUGAAUACGACAAACAAUGACACAUUUCCUGGUGGUCUUCAAAUCAGCAGCGAUUUAACAUUCCAAGGUGCUAAUGUGACAUACAAUGAAUUGAAAAUACUAAACGUUGGUAGAAAUUUUAAAGUGCAAAGUCAUCCUUAUAUUUGUUGCAGCAAAUGGGGCUUAUAUACUGUAUAUGUGUGCUCGGUAGCAAGUUCUUUGCCUGGGAUAAAGUUUUAUAUGGGGUGGAUCGUAAUUAUAAUAUAACACUAAACACAUUACUGUAGGUUAUCGGCAAACGUCCUGUCCCGCCCACAGAAUACCUAAUAGGGUAGUAGGUUUUCCAACUUUUUGACAGUUUCUGUCCUAUGUUGCACAUAUUAUAUCCCUUUCUGACCGUCACCAUAAGGAUGAAAUAGUUAGGUACCCGUGCCAUACGGAUUGUCGAAAUACGCACAAGGCAAUUUCUUAUACAAAAAUAGCUACACUUUGAGAUUACGCCAAUUGAUCCUUCCAUUUAUACCGUGCUUAAGAUUUGCUGUGACAGAGUAGUGAUAGGACAUUCUCAAUGGAAAAUUAUAACUUUGGAUAAUUAGUCACCCUCGUGCAAUAUACAACACCAUCAACACACUAUAGUCUGUCAACGCACGCUAAACAUACCAUAUUCAAGGACAUUUUUUCUCAUAUAUAUAUAUAUAUAUUAGUCUUGCUUUUGUAGUCUAUCUUGAACAGAAUCACUUUUCUCUUUCAUUUCAGAUUACGAUGAAUGUAAUCCAACAGGAAGUAACCCCACCCCUGUUUGUGGUCACAAUGCAACUUGUGUCAAUAGAAAUAUUAGUUAUGAUUGCGUUUGUGAUGAAGGAUUUGUAAACAAUGGCACCAGUUGUAUACGUAAGUACUUUUAUCCCAAUUACUCCACAAGAAAAUAUACAUUACAUUACUGCUAUAAUACCAUGAUCACCUCCGGUUCUAUUACCCGAGCGGGCAUUAAAAUCUCUAAAUUGUAGCUCAACGGGCAAUUUGCUAAUUGGUCCGCUCGACUGUAUGCAUGGCCGAACAUCGAAACAAUACCUUCUUUAAAGAGACUUUUUUAUGUACUGUUAAUUAUUACAGGUGUAUAAAAAAAAGGUAAUCGAACUUCAGCGCGCUAUUGUAUGUGAGUUACUCGGUGUAUGAACAUGUUUUUUUCAUAUUCAGAAAGAUCAGGCUUUUAGCUAUUGAAUGACAUGUUUUUCAUGUCAAGUCGAGAAAAAGUGAGCAAGUACGAGUCCGAUAAAAAAUGUUAGUCAGAAUAGCAUAUUUUCACCUCUGUGCCUAAUUAAAGCAGUGCAUAACAAAAGAAAAAGCAGUUAAUCACGAAUUUGUCACAGCUUAGCUAAAAUUUAUUCCCACUUAAUAGUUAAUAAUAAUUAUGAAUAUGUGCGUAGUUUAAUGAAGUAAAAUUCAUCAACUUAGUUAAGUCCUAAAGGUUUUUAAUGUUCAAUAGUUUUAGACUCACUCUCAACGGUUAUAUUAUAUGCGAUCUGACUAACAUUUUUUAUCGGAUUCGUAUUUGCUCAUUUGUCAUCCAUUUUGCAUGAAAAACAUAUCGUUCAACAGCUAAAAGCCUGAUCUUUCCGGAUGUGAAAAAGUCAUACGCAGCGUAAUUCAGAUGCAAUAGCGCGCUGAAGUUCGAUUACCUAUUUUUGAUACACCCUCUAUACAGACUUAUUUGGAUAAUAGAAACUAACUACGGUACCAUAGUAUUAAGUUAUUACAAAGCAACAGCAUGACAUGAGGGAAAUUAGUGAUUAAAUGCCCCGAAGGCUCGGGAGGUUUGUGGAAUUCCCGAGGGCGCAGGGCCGAGAAAUUCCACAAACUCCUCGCCUUCAGUUGGGGCAUUUAAUUAAUCACCAAUUUCCCUCAUGUCAUGCUGUUACUCAUAAUAACAAAUAAUUUGAAAAUGUGUUUUCAUAUAUAUACUCUUUACCAAGUCAUUUAAAACGGUUAAAGCAUCCUGUUUGAAUGAUGCCCAGGAUUGUAAAAGGGUCGGCUUAUUCCGUUCCAUCCUAAUCAAUGAAUAACUGCAUGGUAAAAGUUAUACUUACAUCAUCUAAGAUCUACAGUGUAUAUCAUCAUAUACUUAUAAUUAAAUGCCAAUCUUCGUGCUAUUAAAUACUUUCAACUUGCAGUUCGAAGUUUUCGCGAGCCGUUAAAGCAGUUUAUACUGCUACUUUGCUUUUGCUAUCGGCCUUGGGGUUUUAACCGCAUGAUGUUAUGCACGAAAGUGACAGGAUGACCAAUAAUCCUACACACUUGCACGUGUGCUUGUAAACAACCACUUGGGGUGCGUUCCUUUAGUGCAUUCCGGAUUUAGAUCUUCAAAUCCGAUUAUCGAUUUUCAGUUUCAUUUAGCAAAAUCUCCAAAUAGAUUCGAAUCUGAUAAAUCCACCUCAACAUAUGGAUUUUUCGGAUUCAAUCUGAAACUUGAUUAGGAUUCAACGUUCCUUUUGAGCUUAUGGCGUUCUAGCAUGUACCUUGACCCGACCGAAAGGUAUAGUAGGACAGAAAACUAUGGUGUAAAAAUGGCGGUAAAACAGUAGGCAAAUUCCGAUUCUCACAAUUCGUUCCAUUUGUUUAACGAAUCCAAACAAUCCGAAUCCUAAAAAUUCAUAUCUAGAUUUACAAAAGAAACGCUCCUUAGAUAUUUUAUUAUAUUAUUGUAUAAAAAAAUCCACUUUUCGCAUUAUUCGGCUUAAAAAAACUCACCAUCAACGUUUCUACCAAUAUCCAGCCAUUCAAUGUAAUCGUGCCCUUAUAUUUAAGUUUCGCAACUAUUAUGUUUAACAUGGAUUGAAUAAAACGAAAAUGCAUCCUUCCUCAAAACUAUGAUAUAAAAAAGAAAAGCAAAUUAUAUUUUUGUACUUAAUCAUAAUUAAUUCAGAAAACUGCAACAGACUGUGCAAGCACAUGGGCGUAAUGGGGGAAAAAAGUUCUUGUAUUUUGACUGUAACAUUUUCAUGAUUUGUAAGGCUUUGAUUUCCUUCAAUGUACUUUAAGAAAAUUUGGUCACUUUUAAAUGAAAUUUCAGGAUGUUCUGACGGAGGACACGGAUGCCACGAACAUGCUUCAUGUAAUGAAACUGAGGGUUCAUUCGUCUGUACCUGUAAUGCUGGGUAUUCAGGAGAUGGAAUUAGUUGUGAAGGUCAGUUUACAGUUACAGAUGCUGUAAAGACCGUAAUUUAAACAAACACUUUGUUUACAUUUUGAACUCAGUGCUACAGUUCAGG